AAAGUGAGCGCGCGUGAGACGAAGCACUGUUCUGCUGUGACGCUCUCCGCGACACACACACGCGUUGUCGCGCGUGCUCUCACGCACACAUAGGUGCACAGUCGCUGAAAGCUCCGUCGGGAGUGUGAACCUGCGGGUUCAUGACACUGAUUUCUCCGAGGAAGAGGAAUACGAGAGAAGACAGGAGCAGCGGAAUAUCAACCAUGGCUCUGGCGACCGUGUGGACCUACCGCGUCCCCCUGACCAUCAUCCUCACAGCCGCGUGCGUGCUGAACACGGCUCACUGUCAAGCAGUGCAAGCAGAGAAUGUGGAAGUCCUGGAGGGAGGAACGGCCCACAUCUCGUGCCGCCUGCAGGACUACGACGGCUCGAUAGUGGUCAUCCAGAAUCCCCGCCGACAGACUCUCUUCUUUAAUGGCACACGAGCGCUGAAGGACGACCGCUUCCAGAUGGUGCUCUUCACGCCACGCCUGGUGCGCAUCACGCUGACCAACGUCAGCGUGUCGGAUGAGGGCGGCUACUUCUGCCAACUUUACACGGACUCCACGCACCACCAGGUGGCCACGCUCUCCGUCUUCGUUCCCCCGGAGACGCCCACGGUGGAGGUACAGCAGGAGGCCGUGGAGGGCGGCGAGGCUGAGCUCACCUGCAUGUCACCUCGCAGUAAGCCAGCUGCCACUCUGCGCUGGAUGCGUAAUAGCCGGGAGAUACAAGGUGUUGUAUCCCAGCAGGACAAUGGAAAAACCUUCAGUGUGUCCAGCACUAUCCGCAUCCCAGUAGAAAGGAAAGACAACGGGGCGGCGCUGAACUGCGAGGUGCUCCACCCUUCGCUGAACGGCCAGAAGAAAAUUCGACAUUAUCGACUGGACGUGUAUUUUGCUCCCACGGUGCGAAUCGUUCCCCCUUCAGGCAUUUUGCGUGAGGGCGACUCACUCAGCCUCACCUGCUCCAUCACUGGGAAUCCUUUGCCCAGAAGUAUUCAGUGGUCCAGGAUAAAUGACACUUUACCUGAGAGGGCAGAGAUUUCUGGACCCACUCUUCAGAUUUCUCGUCUUAGCCAAUCGCACAACGGAACAUACCUGUGCCAAGCCCAGAACAACUUUGGACGGGCCGCUGAUCAUUACACCUUGUUGGUGUAUGAUCCUGGUGCAGUGGUAGAGACUCACAGUGCAGUACCAUAUGCAGUGAUAGGUGGCGUUCUGGCCCUUCUGGUUUUCACCGUCAUCUGUGUCCUCAUUGUCACCAUCUGGUGCUCUGUUCGGCAGAAAGGUUCCUAUCUUACCCAUGAAGCCAGCGGGUUGGAUGAACAUGGUGAAGUGCAGGAGGCCUUCCUAAAUGGGAACGACGCCAGCCAGGGCAAGAAGGAGUACCUACUGUAGCCCUUUUCUUUCCCUAAUCCCUUUUAUUCUGACCUCGUACCCCUACCCUGUUCUCUCCUUAUCUCCCAACUUGUAUACAGUAUACAUACACACACAAACACUUCUAUACAAUGCGCCAUAAUAGGCGGCCUUCUGAAAGUGACUGUAUACAGAUUCUCCACACAACCAAUCCAUCACACGCCAUUCCACUCCAUAUACUCCAUACACACUCGCAUAACCCAAGAGAGAGAGACAAAGCGCCUCGAGGCCCCGCAGACAUUUACGACUGUGCCAUAUACAGUACUGUAAGUCGAAAACACUGGGGGGAAAGUAGAGGCAGUGUGAAAAAGCUGCAACAGAGUGAAGUGAAUGUAGACAAAAGCAAAAUGAUGCCAUAAUUAUUUUGAUCGAGAAGGGAAGAGGGCAACACAAUGAAAAGCGGCACUCUGCCUGUGCAGCCGCCAAAGUGGAAGGGGAAUUAGAGGCAGAUGACUGCUAUAAUUCCCCGCCUGGAGAAUAGAAGAAUCCAUUUCACAUAGCGCAAUCUUUAACUGAAGGAGACAGUCAGAGCGCUGUGCGAGGAACGAGAUGGGACUAAGAGGGAGAAAGCUGGACAGGAACUAUUUAGCACUCAAUGGUAAAACACUUAAAUUUUUCCAAUUGCCAAAAGGGCAUUGUCUACAGAGCGCAACUCAUAUACAGGUGCGUCUCAAAAUAUUAGAAUAUUAUGAAAAAGUUCAAAUUUUUUUUUUGUCAAUCAUUUCAAAACAGAUGUUACAAAUAGAGUAACAUUUUUCAAGUCUUUAUUUCUUGUAAUUUUGAUGAUUAUGGCUUGCAAAUAACAAAAAACCAAAAUUCAGUGUUUCAUAAAAUUGGAAUAUUCCACAACCAGCUUUUGGUACCUUUGGCAGUGUGGGCAAGUCCUGCUGGAAAAUUAAAUCAGCAUGUCCAUAAAGCUCAUCAGCAGAAGGAAGUAUGAAGAGCUCUAAAAUGUUCUGGUAGAAGCUGCGUGGACUGUGGACUUCAGAAAACACAGUGGACCAACACCAGCAGAGGACAUGGACCCA